AUGGGACCAAACUUUACCAAAGAGUCCAUGUACAAACUAGCUUUUGAGAACCUAGAUCCAGCAGCCUUUCUACCCUGGCCUGUGGCCUUCACAAAGACUUCUACAGAGAACAAACCCACAGGCACUGCGGAUUGGACACACCGUAAUUUGGAUGAGGUGUCAGGAGGGAACCCUUCCGGGUCCGGAAUCAGAGCUGUGAGCACACGGAGUUUGAAGCUCGUGGAGUACGGAGUAGGUCUGAAGGAAAAGACUCCCGGGAUGGAGGCUCGUCAAGGCUGCUGCCUCAGUUUCAGAAGGCUGCUGGGUCUGGGACCUAAUGAAGACCAGGAACAACAAAAUGAUGAGAAUGCGGUGGUCGUCUCAGAGGCUGGAGAGGAAGGAGGCAAGCAAGGGGUUUUACAGGGCGAGUUUUCUCAGGGUGAGCUUGAUCAGGGCGAACUUGCUCAGGGUGAAUUUGCUCAGGGCAAAGUUGCUCAAGAAGACCUCGCUCAGUUAAGUCCUACUCUGGAAGUCACAGGAGUAGUAAAGGAGGGAGAAAAUAAAGAAGAAGAAAUGGAAGAAGAAUAUGCUGGCAUUGGUGCUUCUAGCUCCGUGGACAAGAUUCACCCAAUAGAAGUCCCUAGCAGCAGUGAUCAGCCACAGCCUCAGCAAGAGGCUGCUAUGCCUGAGGGCACCAACAGUCUACUGACUGGGGAUAGGCAGCCUCCCCGGCGCCGGCCCAGGUUUACACUGUCUCAACUGCAAGAUCUGGAGCGCCUUUUCCAUGAGACGCGCUACCCAAGCUUGCGAGCAAGAAAGGAUCUUGCAAGAUGGAUGGGUGUGUCCGAAGCUGAUGUGCAGGAUUGGUUUAGGACCAGGAGAUCCAUUUUCAGAAGAAAUAAUAGAUUGGUGACGUUCUACAGUAUGCCACCUGGUCCCCAGAACAAUGCUUCCUAA